CCCCGACCUUCGAAUAACGCCCAGUACUAUAUACCGUCGCUAUAUAUCACGCCGUUAACGUUGGCGUAUGAUCCUUUAUUCCUUGCUUGGACCCGAAGGUUGCAACAAAUCCACUGACCUGGCUCGCUGACCAUCUAUAUAAUUGUCUUGUUGAAGUUGUAUUCUGCCAGUGGCAGGGCAAGCAAUCACAGACGCUUUCCCUUUUCUUCCUCCCACUGCGUUUCUAUCCUCCCUAGCACCCACAUUACUUGCCACUUCUGACAUCAUGUCCUUUUCUAACCUUGUCUCUGAUCUCGCCUUCAGAGACACACACGAUGACCGAAGUUCUCAGAUAUCCCAUGUACGAUCGCAAGCCACGGCACGAUCGUAUACAAGCACAGCUGCCACAAGUGUCAGCAUAUCUGGUGACAUCUCCAGCCAGCUUCAUUCCGGUUACAGCCAUCCACUGAGCAGGUCAUGGCAGGCAGAAAGACAGUUGACCAAGGAAAUGCUUAUCUAUCCUCUCUUCAUCACCGAUAAUCCUGAUGAGGAGACUCCCAUUCCGUCUCUUCCUGGCCAGUAUCGUCGAGGAUUAAACCGUCUAGCUCCUUUCAUCAAGCCACUUGUUCAUAAGGGGCUACGCUCGGUUAUCCUGUUUGGUGUCCCACUACACCCCUCUGCGAAGGAUGCACUAGGUACUGCUGCAGACGACCCAUCUGGACCGGUAAUCCAAGCUAUUCGCCUGCUUAGGUCGCGGUUUCCUCAACUUUACAUCGUCACAGAUGUGUGCCUUUGCGAGUAUACUUCACAUGGCCACUGUGGGAUUUUGCGAGAAGAUGGGACUCUUGACAACACACAGUCUGUGGAUCGAAUCUCGGAUGUUGCUCUGGCCUAUGCUGCUGCCGGGGCUCAUUGUGUCGCUCCGUCUGAUAUGAAUGAUGGGCGAGUGCGUGCUAUCAAACUGAAGCUUAUUGAAGCCGGCAUGGCCCACCGCGUCCUUUUGAUGUCGUACAGCGCCAAAUUUAGUGGGUGUCUGUACGGCCCCUUUCGUGAUGCAGCGGGGUCCUGUCCAUCAUUUGGGGAUCGCAGAUGCUACCAGUUACCGCCCGGUGGUCGUGGACUUGCUCGUCGUGCUAUACAGAGAGAUAUAGGUGAAGGGGCAGACAUCAUAAUGGUAAAGCCGGCGAGCAGCUACCUGGACAUUAUCAGAGACGCAAAAGAACUCUCCAAAGACAUUCCGAUUGCCGCUUACCAAGUCAGCGGUGAGUAUGCUAUGAUACACGCUGGCGCUAAGGCGGGCGUAUUUGACUUGAAAUCAAUGGCCUUUGAAAGCACUGAAGGGAUUAUAAGGGCUGGUGCCGGAAUUAUAGUAAGCUAUUUCGUGCCUGACUUUUUAGAUUGGCUUUAGACAUGACUUAGCCGGAUGAAGUGUGUUGAAAGCACCCACUAGAUGGAUAGCAGUGACGAUCGCGUUUGAAUCGUAACUAUUGGAGCAGAAGUGCCC